CUGUUCCUUUAUUGGAAUUAUUUCAGGCCUCGUUUCACUACUGUACAGUUAGACACAAUACCACCGCAACAUAUUCCUGAAGGAGUAUCAGUGUUAAAAUUCGAAUCACCACUACAUUUUGCCAAUGUCACUUUGUUCACAGACAAGAUCUCAGAGCUGCUAACAUCAGUUAAGAGUGAUUCUUUGCUGAGCGGACGAGCGAUUCUUGUGGACUGUACGGCUAUGGCGUAUGUGGAUAGUAUGGGAUUCGACGCACUCAAGGAGGCAUACAAGGACGCCAAGAAGAGCGAUAUUACGUUGCAGUUCUGUGGAUUGAAC